GCAUGCGGUGCCUAAGCUUACCUGCGGGAAGAUUUGGUCGGAUCUUCAAUAAGAAAUUCUCUAGAGUUGUUCUGGCUGUUUUGGCUAUCCUCUCCGUCAUUUUCAAUUUUUCCCUUCUCUCCUCAAACCCUUAUCUUCCGAAUACAAGUUCAAUCAGGUCACGUUUGCAAUCGAUCCCGCCCGAUGCGGUUUCCCACCGCAAGAAUCUUAUCUUGUCCGCUCUUGACGGUGCAAAAUGGCAAGACCAAAUUUUCAUUUUCAUGGAGUCUCUCGACAUUGCUUUGGGAAGAGACGCACUUGAUAUUACCCGAUGCCAAAACGAACAGCCAGAUGGCGGAAUGACUACUUCCUGUCAGCCUUUACCCGUUGAAGUCAAGAUUAUUGUCCCUGGAGAGGUUGCGGACCACCCACCGCCAGGAUUUCAGAUAUUAAUGAGCCGUUACCCAUUCCUCUCAUUUGUUGGCGCUCUUCCAGAUUCAGACAUUCCCGUUGUUGCCCGCCGAUUUCAAGGGCUCAGCGCUGUGCUCCACAACAACACAGGAGAAUAUUUCGACAACGUUCUGGUCUGUGAUUUGGAUGUCGUUUUCCAAAGGAAUCCAUUCACUCUCUCCCAGACCACACCCACAAGCGUUGAACUUCUACUUUUCGCUGAGUGGCGCGGCCUUAAAAUUGGACAAUGCAAUGUGCAUCAACGGUGGUUCGAUAGUUGCUCUAGAGCCUUGGAUCCACCAUAUCUAUCCCGCGAUGACGCAGAUAGAUAUAACACACUGGACCGAAUAUGUGCGGGAACUACGUACGGCACUUCCCGCGCAAUAUCGAUCUACUUACAGACGAUGGUUGCAGAGUUAACGAAGAGUAAAUACCAAUGCAACGAUCAAGCAACUCACAUACACAUUUUCUAUUCCGGAAUUUUGGAUACAGAGCUCAGGCAAGCUGGAGUUGGUAAAUCUGAGCUGGUUCCAAAUGCAGAUGCCUUGCUAGGUACAGUGGGAACGACACCUAUGGUGAGAUUUAAUGAUUGGAGGGAGAUUUUGAACGAGAAUGGUGAGGUGCAAGUUGCUAUCCACCAGUAUAAGACGCAUCACAUUUUAUCAGAGUUGGUAUGGGCAAAGUAUGGAUGGCUUCGAGAAUUAGAAGGCAUGGAAUAUGUGGGUAAAGUCCCGGAUCUGGAAGAAGAUAUGAAUUGGACAAAGCAAGCCAAGGGAACCAACGCACAAGUUGGCUAUGAUCGCCAUGUUUUGCGGUUCAAGCUAGGAAAUGCAACGGGGGAGUACUGCGAUACGGCAGGAAAACUCUGCUCAUGCAAGUACAGUAACUGUCAAAUGGAUUAUGCGGAAUUCCAAUGAGCCUAAAUAUAUUCGAGCCCAAUGGUGAAGGGAACGGGC